UGGGGGUGUGUGGGGGGGGAAUAGCUUCGGCUGCUCCACUCCACUGGGCUCUCGCUCCACCCAGAACAUCAUCCGAGCAGAAGGAUUAGUCGGCGGCGGCGGCGGGAGGAGGAGUGUGUAUUCUAAGAAUGCGACAAAGAUGGCGUUAGCGGGCAGGGUGCAGAGGAGUGGGCUGCUGGAGGUGUGGGUGAGGGAGGGCUGGCACCGGGUGCUGGCCACCCUGACCGAGGACAGCCUGGUGCUCAGCUGCGACCAGUGCGCGGACACCCCGAGCUGGAACGGGCUGAGCAACGGAGCUCAGACGCCCCGAGCCGCAGCCGCACCCGCAGCCGCAGCCGCUCCCGCUCCCGCCCCGGGAGCCGCCUCCCGCAGCCCACAGGGGGUCGGGUCCCGAAGCCCCCGAGCAGCCGCCUCCGCCUCCGCCGCCGCCUCUCCCCGCAAUGCCUCGGCUGAGCCGUGCGACCACAUCCCCGAUGCCAUCAGCAACAAGAAGCGGAACGUCAGGGUCGUCAAGCAAGAGGUCGGGGGGCUGGGCAUCAGCAUCAAAGGAGGCAAAGAAAACAAGAUGCCGAUCCUGAUCUCGAAGAUCUUCAAGGGUCUGGCGGCUGAUCAGACGGAGGCUCUGUACGUGGGCGAUGCGAUCUUGUCCGUGAAUGGAGCUGACCUAAGGGACGCAACCCAUGACGAGGCAGUGCAAGUACUCAAGAGAGCUGGAAAGGAAGUGCUACUGGAGGUGAAGUAUAUGAGGGAAGCAACGCCGUACAUAAAGAAGAACUCUCCUGUUUUGGAACUUGGAUGGGAAACGCUUCCUCCAGAAUCCCCCCGGCUCGGCUUCGUCCCCACGGAAUCUCCCUCACCCCCUCCCUUCUCAUUACACCUGGAUUAUAAAGACCGGAAAAGCAUCCCAUUGAAAAUGUGCUAUGUCACCCGAAGUCUGUACACCCCUGACCCAGAGAACAGACAGUUUGAACUACAUUCCCCUGACUGUAAGCACACGGUCGUCCUACGGUGUAAAGAUCCAACAAUGGCCCAGGCCUGGUUUAACACUGUUCAGGCCAACACCAACAACCUUACCCCUAAGGUGAUUGCAGAGGUCAAAGAGCAACUGGGAAGAACAGGGUUAGCCGGGAGUCGAGAGAUUCGACAUAUAGGUUGGCUUGCAGAAAAGACAACAGGAGAGAAUGUACGGCAGUCGUUGAAGCCUACUCUGAUCGUUCUCACUGAGAAGGACAUGCUAAUUUAUCACAGCAUGCCUCGCAUGAAGGAAGCAUGGUUCAGCCCAGCCCACACCUAUCCACUGCUGGCCACCAGGUUGGUUCAUUCUGGUGCAGGAAAGGCAUCACCACAGCUGGGUAUGGAGCUAUCCUUUGCCACUCGCACCGGGACACGGCAAGGCAUCGAAACGCAUCUCUUCCGCGUGGAGAGCAACUCCAGCCUGUCCAGCUGGACACGGCAGAUCGUGCAGGGCUGCCACAAAGCAGCAGAACUAAUUAAAGAAAUUACAACUACGUGUACAUACAGGACUCAGGAGUGCCGUUUGGCCAUUCAUUAUGAAAAUGGCUUCUCUAUCUUAAAAGAAGCUCCAGAAGUAAGUUCGCCAAAACUGAUUUGGCAAUAUUCUUUUGAGAAACUGAAAAACUCAUCAGAUGAUGGUGUCCGCAUGCUCUAUCUGGACUUUGGAGGAAGGGACGGAGACAUUCAAAUAGAUCUCCAUUCAUGUCCGAAGCCAAUUGUUUUCAUCAUCCAUUCCUUCCUUUCAGCAAAAAUAGCACGGCUGGGUCUACUUGCGUGAAAUGGGAGUAACUGCACAAUGAAGGAGAAUUUUCCAGAAGGUUUACCUUAUAUGGCUGGUACAUAAUCAGUCAGAGAUACCUGUACAAUGGCGAUAUUUAACACAAUCAGACCAAUAGUCUAUUUAAUAGCGAGAAAUUUGUAACAAUUUGAAAUUAAUUUUUAAAGGCAGUUUUCUGCUUUUGUAACUUGAGAAAUGUUGCUUUGUUUUAUACAGCUGCUGAAUUUACUGGUCUAUUAGCUUUUACUAUCCCUGUUGGUACCACCAGUAAUAUGACUUCAAUGGAUUCAGGAAAAAAAUACAGCAGUUCCAUUUGUGUAAUGUUGUGACAGAUUCCUAUCUAAUCUGAUGUAAAAUAUAACGUGAAAUGCAGGUCUGUGCCACUGUGAUGAGGCAAAAAUCUGUUUGUUCAUUUUACAGCUAUUAUAAAUGAGAUCUUAUUUCUGAAAAAAAAUCACGUUAUAAACAUGCACUGGUUUUUGGAACCUUUUCGCACUAUCUUAUAGCUGAGCAGGAGGGGAACAUCAUAAUAAUAGUAUUUCCCAGUCAGUGAAAAGCUGUGAAGUUCCAACAGUAUCUCGUAUAUAAAGAAUCUUGUUUCAGUGUAAUGUGCUUGUUUUUCAAGCAGGAUUUACUUUGAAUAGAAACAUACAAAUUUCAUUAUAGAGAAGGGACUAUGUGGCCCAUCGAACCUAUGCUGGUACUAGCUCCUGCACUGGAGCUAAAUACUUCAGUCCCAAUUCCUUGCUCUUUCCCUGAAGCAACAACUCUGAAAACAGUAAUGUUUCAACCAUGUUUGUUACUCUUGAACAGGGCUGGUUGAUGAACAUACCAUAAAAUUGCGGGGCCUCACAUUACUGCUGUAUCAUGAUAUCUUCUGGUUUUAACUUUAGGGUCAAAAUUGCAAUAUUGCUUUACCCAUUCCAUGCCUUAAUUAACAUAAGGAAUGUGUUAAAGAACACUGCAAAAUUCUUCCUGUUGCUUAAUAAAAAAACCUUCCUGGUUAGUUAAGGACAUUUCAGUUAGUUUCUGGUCACCUGGAUGCUUGCCUAUGGAAACAAAGUCAGGAAACUGAUUUUGUGUAUAGUGGAACCCCUUUAUAAAUUAUAAUAAGGUGCUUAUACAGUGCUUCAUUAUAACGUGGGUUCAUUUAGUUUGAUUGGGACAUGAUCCUCCACAAUUACUUCCAACAAGUCUGUGUUAGGAAUUUUAACUCAGAAUAAGGGCUUCCCCAAGGUAAAACUCCUUAAAUGGAGAUAGAACUAUGUACUGAGCCGAAAGAAGGAAAGUAAAGCAGGUUUCCUCUUGUGUUUUUCACUGGCAAGCAAGCUGACCUGGGCAAGCUGGAUAUAGGGGAAUAGGAGCCUGGGGUGAGAAAAGGUAAGGGUGACAUUAAUUAAGUAACAAGGUGACAUUUGUGAUGUUUCUUAACAAGCUCCUUGCGUAGAUUAACAAAGGUUAAUUGAUACUGUACUACAUAUUUUGCCUCUAUGAUUCUAUCAUUUAUAAGCCUAAAGUAUACUUUACUUGGUAAAAUCUAUGUCUCUGUUUCUUACCGUCUAAUAAGACAAUGCCCAAUGGGUUGAAAAGCUUUCCUCAGAAAAGGUCCCAGCUGAGGCAUAGGUUCAUUGUUUUCUGCUGGUGUCCGAGCUGCAGAGCUUGAGGAAGCCGUGCCUUCAAUAGUACUGCAGUUACUCUCCUUAGAUCUUAAAAACAAUUAAAUUGUCGCCAACUCAUCAGCGUUUACUGCCAGGGAGCACAAGAACACUUUUUGUUUAAAAAAGUAUAAUUUAAAACAAGUGAGGCACCAAGGCAUAUUUUCUUAAGCAGACUGACUAAUCAUUUACUGAUUUCACAAGAUUGCUUUUCAUUGUUAAGGUUUUCAGUGGAGAAGUUUUGAAAUGCAAUGUUUUCCUAACAAUCAGAAAUUUAAAUGUAGGUCUGAAUGGAUUUAAGUCAGUUGUUUGAAUUCAGGCAAUAGGCUGCCUCUGUAUUUGAAAGCACAUGCUGCACAGGGGGAAUCAUUUCUAAUAUAAGUUUUGUUCUUUCUAGACUAAAUAUGCUUCACAUAGACCUGGGUGUGGUUUCAUUUGUCAAAGUUAGAAAGGCAGACCAGCUGUUUCUUUAGUUUGGCUGAACUGUCAAACUAUUAUGUGUUGCAGACUGUAAACCUGCAAACCAUCAUCUCCACAUGCACUUUGUGGUGCUAUGGUUCAGGGGAGGUGAGAUGGUGGCUGGGUUGGAACAAACACAAACAUGUAACUGAGGAAUGAGCUAAAUGUUGGGAUUAUCUUUUACAAUUUGAAUUUGGAAGACACAGUGCAAACGGUGCUGUGCAGAUAUUGACUGACACUUUUGACCACAAACAGUCACACCACCAUAUCAAAUGCAAGGAUUAUUAUAAGAAAACUGCAGACCAAAAUAGGAGCAGUAGAACUAGGUAUAAUUGCAGGACCAGAUUUGGAUAGAUUUUAAUAAGAGAACACAAAAUGACCUGAUACAUUAAAGCAAUUAUAGUCACAUUCAUGACUGUACAUCAAAAUGCAUAGAUAUUAAUAUGCAGGCAAUCUAGUAAAGCCACUGUACUCUGUAAUUUUAGGAGACAGUGUAAUAAAUUAACAAGACCUCCGCAGUGUAGUGUAGAAAUAAAAUGUGCAGUGUCACACACAUCCUGCAUAUACAGUACUGUGUAUUGAUUUGCCAUCUCAUAUCAGCCGAAUAAGUGCACAUGACCAGCAAGGUUCUAUGAGAUAACAGCUUUCUUGAAUACUAAUAAGCAUGAAUCAAUGUUGGUUCAAAAUACAAUCUCCAAAUUCAUAACCAUGAAUUGUGCAAAAAAAUCUAAUUUCAUAAUAAAAAUAUGUUGUGCAGGAAAGUUAUGUUAAUUGCAUCCCCCACUUUGCAAUAAAGUGCAUUUAAACACCAAACUGAGAAGCAUCUUGAACUGUUCACACAUCUCAUUUCUAUAUUCUUAUCGCUUCAGCGAUUAAAAAUUGGACUUGCAUCAAAAUUGUUUUGCAUGUUCUCUUUUAUACGCGCAUAUAGCAAUACAAAUCAUGCUGGAAAGAUUCAGCACAAUGGAGAAGGUGGGAAAUUGUCAACUUGCUAACAAAAGGGUUCAUUUAAUUUUGAAAAAUCGAGAGACUAUAAAUAAACAAGGAGUGGAAUCUCUACAAAUUCAAAGCUCCUUAUUCAACCUAAACUCAUCAAUGACCAUUUAAAACAUAUUACUAUGGUGGGAACUCUGCGUGCACAAUUCCGAACAUAAGCUAACAUCUUCCAUUUGUACCACCGCAAGUGACCAAUUGCUCACACUAACUAUAGAUAGCAAAAGCACUGAGACAGUAUGAAUACAUUUUGCUACAUUAAAAUACAGAGAAAGAUACAUACAGUAUCGUUUUUGACACUUUAUUUCUUUUAGAUUCCAAUUUGAAUGGCUGUGCCCUAGUCAUUUUAGGGAACACGAGAUUCUUCAAGUACAACCACAUUUCUAAUUUACAACUGUACUAAUUUUGUUUAUAAAAUAAAAAUACCCGCAGUAACAAUUUCCAGUCGAAUGCUGUCAUUUCACAUGGAAGAGUACGUAUUAGAAAAUGCAUAGUGACUGCACACUGCUAUGCCCAAAUACAAAUUCAGUUGCUAAUAUAGUACCAUUGCCAAAGAUAUGAUUUCAUUUUACAAUAGUGAGUAAGAUUCACAAGAUCUUUGCGUUUAAUCUGAUGCCUGAAAGUGAGUCACAACAGGCCUGAUCAAUGUAACAAGUUCCACGUUUCAGGCAGAUUUAUAAAAAAAAAUUAUGUAGCCAUAUGCUUUGAUUUAAACUUUGCAGAAUGUAUCUGAAUUGGAGCCGGCAGCCUGUCAUCUAUUUGAAUGGAAAUUUAUUGAAAACUGUUAGCAAAUUGAAUGAGAAAUUUUCUAAGCCCUUAAUCACCAGCACAUAGUUUGUAAAACAAAAUCAAUAUUGUUGUUGCACCUGAGAAAAUAUUUUUUCUUUAAUAAGAAAGUAUUUCAGACAAUUGCCAAGUGUGUUAUUUCAGUGCAGAGUUGUGAGUGGGUGGGAUGGCUUUGCAAUGAUUCCACACUAUCAGCUGUUUCUCCCAAUUCCCCUUGCCCAACAACAACAACUGGAGUUGUACAUUUUUGGUUUGCAAUGCUGUAAAGAAAAAUCCUGGUCUUGUGUGAGUGCCUAAGAGAUGUCAGUUUUCUGGUACUGGUUUUUGUAAGACUAUUUCCAUUUUUCGGCAUAUGAAAGAGAGUGCUUGGAGCAGUAUGGGAAUAAGGCAGGAUGAUGGGAUUGAAUUGAUCUUGCUCGGUGAGCCGGUGCGGACUGGAUUGGCUGAAUGGCCUCCUUCUGUUGUGCAGCUUUCUGCCUCCACAGGAGAAAGAAUAGCAGAUUAGACAGGCAAGACAGCAUUAGUAAAAUGAAACAAAAAUGAAACAAGGCAAAAUAAGUGGAAGACAUUAGAGAAACGGUUCCAGUAAGCAAUGCAACACAUAGUGAAGACCAUAGUUAAGUCAGAAAAUGUGUGAAUGAGAGAUACAAAAGAGGAAACACAGAGCUAGAAAACUGAAGCAAACAGGAAAAAUACAGUUGUAGGUUAAACAAAGUACACCUCAGUUUCAAUAAUAACAAAUAGCAAAAUCUUCUCUAGCUUUACUAAUUGUGUUUGGAAAUCCUGCACUUUACAUAAUAUUAGGUUACUGCAUAUAUUAAUCAAUCCCAGCUUCAGGCUAGACCAUUCCCUUCAUGUAGCUGAAGUUGCAUUAUUUUGACUGUUUAAUAUGUGCAAAAGACCACUCAACAAUUGUGUAAUGCAGCAGGACUAAUACACUGUUGCUUCAUCUCUGAGAACUGGGCUUGAUUCCAGCAGAGCGAAUGGCAGGAAAAGCUCUUCUAUGUCAGCUUUGAGAGCUUGCAAUGAAAUUGUGUUGGGCCCAUGUUAUCCAUGGCAUGAAACUGCCCAUUAAUUGGGCACGUGAUCAACAGCCCCACUUUAAGCAUGCCUGUUGCAGGAAGUGAAAAUAAUCAUAGACGUCCUGCGUUCUAAGUGCUGACAAUAGGUAGCUCAAGAGCAGUUUCCAUUAUAAGGCAAUGCUUUGUAGGCUUUGUUGCAGUUAUAAUGGAACUAAGUGUGCCAAAAUCUUUAGAAUCAAAAGCUUGAUUUAAAAUUCAAGUUAAUAGCAUUCAAAUGGGGUUAUACCAAAGACUAACAGGCACUGGGAAGAAGAUAGCAAACAAUUUCUGUGACUUCUAAUGAGUUGAUAGUCCAAUCUCCAUGGGAGAAUCAUUUUGUAGCAUGUGGACUGAGUGUCACUGUUAAUAUGAAAGCCAGCAGGAUUUAAUGUAAGUGGUUUUGAUACACCACUAAAUCAUACAACUUAACAUUUCUCUGUGGUGUUAUGAAUUUGACUGCUCUGAUUCCCCCACCAAAAAUUAAUUAUAUUAUUUGCUGCUUUUAUUGAUAAAUUACCAUGUUAAAUAUAUAUUUUCUCAUGACAUUUAAGCAUGUAGCACACAAAGUGAUACAUUAAUGUGCCUUUAAUGAUUAUUUAGAUAUUAAGUAUUGUGAUAUAAUAUAUGGACUAUGGUAAAUUCUGCAUAUAAAGACUAAUAACACUAUUAAACCCUUUUAUUGACUUAACAAGAUAUCAAUACCCUUUUGGGAAGACCAUAUGGGCCAUAUGAUAAAUACUCAUGAUUAUCACCAGCAAAACAUGCAUAAAAAAUACCCCUCCCCAACUUUAAACAGUGAAUUAUAAAGAAUAUUAGCUAUCAUCAAUGACAAUCAAUUACCAUUUGAUUCCUACCAUGGUUUUUCAGAUGUCAGACGAACCACUCUCACAAUGCAACCUUGAACCUACUCAUCCGUGUCCAUCUCAUCUGUAGGACAUAUGAGAGGCAGAUGACAUGGAAAACAUGCAAUGAAAAGGCUUGGAUCUUAUGGGCUGGUGUAGAUUAUGUAACAAGCAGUUUGUGAAACCUUAAUGUCCAUUGUCUUACAUUUUUAUUGCAAAAAAAUCACAAGCGUGACUGUUCCCCAAGGUAUAAGAAUAUGCUUGAAUGUAUUGAGUAUAUAUGAACCGAAUACUGAAUAAAAAGAUGAUCUUAAA